ACUGUUGAUUUCAAUUGACGCUGAGAAUUGUAGAGGGUUGGUUUGUUUAUUUAUCUGUGGGUAGUUGUCUGGUCAGUGACUGUGCUUUUUGAUGAUUGUUUCGAUGCACAAGUAGUCUGGUGUUAAAGACCCUUUGAAAGUAGUUGAAUAUUUUAUUUUUGGUUUUCAUAAUUGUGUUUUGAAAUGUCCAAGGUUCGAGCUUCAGAUAAGAAUGGUGACAACGUGGAUAGUGGAAAGAGUAUUCUUCUUAGCCAAGAGACAAGAGACACUGUCUAUGCAAAUGUUGAAGAAAAUAUCCAAACUUGUAAACGGGAUGAGAGUAUCAAACAGACACCACCAGAAACUACUGAGCAAAGACAACUUUCACAGAAAGAGUCAGUUGAAUAUCAGGAUACCAGAAUAGAAAGUGUAGAAACAUCAAAUAAUACUUUCAAUCGAGCAGCACCAGAUGAAGUUGCAUUGAAUAAAGAAGGAGACAAUCACGUUUCUAUGUAUAAAAUAGAACAAUCAGUGAGUAGUGAAAUGGGAGAGAAUCCUGACGAUAUCAAGAUGGAUUUUAUUGAAGUUCCUAAAGAAGCAGUUGGCUUUAUAAUUGGCAAGGGAGGUGAAACCAUAAAGGAAUUGAGCAUGAAGUCAGGAGCAUAUAUGGAAGUAGAAAGACGAGAUAUUGAUGCAUCAUCAGCCAAUCGACUAUUUCGAAUACAAGGAAUAUCCAAUCAUAUACAACUUGCUAAACAACUUAUUUUAGAAAAAGUAGCCGGGGUUCUUGUAGGUCAAAGUGUUUGUUCUGUAACGUCAGUCGGUUCCAUUCAAUCUGAACUUUGGAUACCUAUGGAUCGAGUAGGCGUUAUUAUAGGUAUUGGGGGACAAACUAUCAAGUCUUUAGAAGAGCAAUCUCAAACAACUAUUGUUGUGCACAAUGAGAAAGUAAAUGCACUUGGAGAGAAACUUGUUACUAUUGUUGGAAAACCUCAAGAAGUACAUAUAGCAGAAAUGCUUAUUCAGGAGAUAAUUCAAAAGCCAUCCCGAGUCAUGAAUGCUACUUUGUAUUCGCCGGUCAUGGGUCAAACAACUUAUCCUGGAUUGGUAUCACCUGAACUUUCCUAUUUGUCAAGAACAAGUCUAAGGCCGAUGACCAACAAAACUAUAUUUGUUCCACGAAAGAGUAUUGGAAUGAUUAUAGGAAAGCGUGGUGAAACAAUAAGAGACCUUCAAUAUCGGUCUGGAGCUUCCAUUCGAGUUGUUCCAGAUAAUGAAGUAUCUGUAAAUACUGUUGAACGGCCUAUUAUUGUUUCAGGAAGUCUAGAGUCAGUUGAACUUGCACACAAUCUUAUCAAUGAUAUCGUAAAUGAAGGGAUUGAGAGAUUAGGAGGUGAUCUUUCAGAGUCCAAGACUCUUUAUCCAAGUGCUUCUAUUAGUUUACGAAUUCAAAUACCGAAUGACAAAGUUGGUUGGUUAAUAGGAAAGAGUGGUUCUACGAUUCGUGAGUUGCAACAACGUUCUGGUGCACGUAUUCAGGUAGCGAAGCCUUCUGAAACGGAUAUUCAUACAAGAUCCGUAACUAUUACUGGACCUCCUCCUUUUGUAGAGAUAGCCAAACAACUUAUUGCUGAGAAACUUGCAGGAUAUUAUAUGCGACAAAGUGGGUAUCCAUCUAUGAAUAUUCCGCAUAGGAGACUUGAACAGGAGUCGGAAUUACCUGUAGCAGCUUAUGGUAGUCCUAUUCCCAACUAUACUUAUGAGAUGAAUCCUUAUGCAAGUACUUUUGAUCCCACUAUGUAUUAUCCAAUAUAUGGAAUGGUUUAUACUCCACCAACAACAACUACAACCUCAUCUUUUACAACGAUUCCUCAUAUGAAUAUCUCUCAAGACAUGGGAAGUGUAGCCAAUGUACCACCAACGUCAUCUGUUGAGGAAACCAAUCGAGUGGUUUCUUCUUCACCUUUUCCAACCUAAUAUGAAUGAAUGUCUUUUAUAUGUG